GGCACGGGCCGAUGCCUUACUGGCCCGGUUCGACUCGUGCCGAUAGAUCACAUGGCACAGACCCGAAAAUUUCUGGUCGGGCCCGGUCCCACCAAAAGCCCGGCUGGUGCCGAUCUCUGAUUUGAUACGGGCUACAAAGUGGCCUACUAAGAAGAUGUUUUUGAUCAAUUUUAAUUGCUGGAUCUCUAUAGUCACUAUUUUGAAUUCCGGCUUAGAAACUGAAAUUGGACCAAAACAGAUUCCAUAUUCGUAAUCAGCAUCGUCGAUUACAUAUAAGAAGACGAAUGCACGAUUAAUCACUUGGGGCGGGUCCCUCGUAAGUGCUAAUUUGUGAAAACCUUUUUGAUGAGAAUAAGCUUUUAAAAAAUUCAUUAUUGCACCUAGCUACUCUAAAUUAUAUUCUGUUUCCUACCUGUAAAGGCGCACAAUACCAAUCCGUUGCUGAAAGUGGUGUUAUUGAUAGAAAACACCCACCAAUAUUUGAUAUUGUUGUAUUCGAUGGAAUAUUUGUUGGAAAACAAACAUACUUACAUUCCGUUCCUGCACUCCAACGGCAUUGA